AUGGCGGGGCAGGUGAGGUCGGAGUCUGGCUGUCUCCCGUGUACCAACUGCUGCGUCACUGUCCCACAGGACAAGAUCUACGCUGUUGAGUGGUUCGGUAGCUUCAGCAAGGUGAUCGGCUCUGGACUUCACUGCGUCGGUUUCGACCUGGGCAGCUGCUGCGUCAGCUUCCGCUCUAUUACUAAGAGAGUAGAGCAGAAUGACGUGAUGGUGGAGACAAAGACAAAGGACAACGUCUUCGUACUGGUGAAAGUGUCUGUUCAGCAGACGGUGAUCCCAGACCAAGCGGAGUCUGCAAUCUACAAACUUGCCAAUGUUAGCGCCCAGAUCGAUUCAUACGUCUCCGACGUGGUCCGCUCCCACGUGCCCAAGAUGAACUUGGACGAGGCCUUCGAGAACAAGGACGCGAUCUCUACGGCUGUCCAGGACACCCUGACGAGGAGCAUGUUCGAGUAUGGCUUUCAGAUCAUUAAGGCCUUGGUCACCGAGCUCAAGCCGAGCCAGGACGUCAUGAACUCGAUGAACGAGAUCAACAAGCAGAAGCGCCUCCGGGACGCGGCGCUCAUGGCCUCCGAGGCCGAGAAGAUCAAGGUGGUGAAGAAGGCGGAAGCGGACUGCGAGGCCGCGAGACUGCAGGGAGAGGGCAUCGCGAAGCAGCGCGAGGCGAUCGUGGAGGGCCUGAAGCGCUCCGUCACCAGCGGGACCAGCGAGCAGUUGGGCAGCGAUAAGAUCUCUGAGUUGCUGCUCAUCACUCAGUACUUCGAGACCCUGAAGGAGAUCUGA